AUGAAGGAUUUGGGUGAGUUGAAGUUCUUUCUAGGAAUAGAAUUUACCAGCUCUGAAAAUGGGAUUCAUUUGUGCCAAAGGAAGUAUGCACUUGAGUUAGUUUCAGAGUUGGGAUUAACUGAUUGCAAUCCAUCUAACACACCUCUUGAAUUCAAUCACAAACUCACCUCAGUUGAGUAUGACAUUUUGUUUCAACCUGAAGUAGCUGAGCAUGAUGCAUUGUUGCCUGAUAAAGGCAGCUAUCAGAGAAUUGUUGGUAGACUACUAUACCUAACCAUGACAAGGACUGAUCUAGCCUUUGUGGUUCAGGUUCUAAGCCAGCAUAUGCAUGCACCUAAAAUCUCUCAUAUGGAAACUGCUAAGAGGGUGGUUAGAUACAUCAAGGGAACUGCUGGUCUUGGUCUGUUUAUGCCCUUAGAUGGUGACAUGAAGGUAACUGCAUAUUAUGACUCAGAUUGGGGCUCAUGUGUGGAAACAAAAAAGUCAGUUACAGGAUAUGUGAUGAAAUUUGGAGGUGCAUUGAUAUCCUGGAAAUCCAAGAAACAACAAAACAGUUUCCAAGAGUUACGGCGGAAAAUUUCCAAUUUAGAAGUAUGGCCUCAUCAAGUCGAAAUCACAUGGUUGAAUGGGUUGUUUAAAGAACUGAGCUUGUCAUUGAGGUUACCAAUAACUCUAUUCUGUGAUAGCAAGGCUGCUAUAUAG